AGUUAAUGUCUAUCACAUCAAUGUAUCUGACGUCGCCAUAUUGCUGUUUAUGUUGAUUAUAACCAGACGCUAUUCUAGUUUUCCCAAAUAUAACAAAAUAUGUUAUAAAAUGCGACGAUUUUCAAACAUGCUUUGAUGUGAGUGAAGCUUAAAUUAUUAUAUUUUUUGUGAAAUUGAUCCGAAAGAAGUAACAAGUCUGGCAAACAUUAUCAUUCAUUAAUUAAUCAUAAUGAUUGAUUGAAAAUUAUUACAUUUUUUUUUUUUAAAUGACAAACGAAUUAUCAAGUUCAAGUCUCAAUUAUGUCGAAUUCAUAUAGUCAUAAAUAGGAAACAAGGUGACAAAUAUGGCACAUCAAACAUGUAACAAUGAACAUGUCGACUGGAAGCCUUUUUCAGCAAACAAACAACUAAAAACAAUGUUAUUCAAUUUAUAAUUUAUACUUGUGAAUGUGAAUCACAACAACUUAGAUUUUAGCUGCAGGCUGUGUUCUAUUUUUCUAGGCCUGUCUAUUUAAAUGUAUAUAUUGCAUGGUAAACUACCACUUAUUGAGCAUCGGUUAUGAAAGAAUCAUGUUUCAGUUUUAAGUGCUAUUUAAAUGGUUAUUCUUUUUAAAAAAGUGCGGUAAAUGCAAAGAAGAGAUGCCAUGUAAAAAUAAAAUAACUUAAGUUUGCCAAAAUUAGGAAUAAAACGUUAAAAAGCAUCCCUUAACCCAACCUGAACCCUUAAUCACUAAAAAAUCUGGUAAAUUUUGAGUUAACAGUAUGAGAAUGGGGUAAAUUUUAAGGACGAAUGCCACUAUUUUAUGGAAUUUCACUAAUGUAUCCCUAAAUCGAUCCCUAUGACUAUGCACAACCUGAACCCUAAAUCGAUCCCUAUGCCUAACCUGAACCCUAAAUCGAUCCCUAUGCCUAACCUGAACCCUAAAUCGAUCCCUUUGCCUAACCCCUGAACCCUAAAUCGAUCCCUCAACCUAACCUAAACCCUAAUUCACUGCAACUAUAAUAAACACAAAAAAGUCGCUGUGGCAUCCGUCCUUAAUUUUAGCCGAGAAGGGGUUAUGCCAAGAGUUUUCUCACCCUAAGCGCAGUGACGUCACAUUGGGAAAUCCCAUCACUGGACUUACGGUGAAUAGAUCUAUUCUUUGAAGGACCAGAACGAUGUGUGUUAUAACAUUCCGAUUCCUGUUCUUUAUUGAGCAUUACUCACGUCAUAAACGAUACAGUUAAUAUGAAGUACCGGUAUAUUGAAAUAAUUUUCCAUUAAUUUGUCGAAGUGGUUAUGCGCAGCCGACUGCGUAUAACCCUGAGAGUUAUACGCAGUCGGCAAGUCACGUGACGUCUAUAUUCUUCCUGGGUUACAGUAUCAAUCAAUAAGGGUGCCUCGUUAUUGUGGUGACUUGGUGGUCAAAUGGGUCAAAUUGACCAAACCUCAAGUUGGUGGUCUUGAGUUCAAUUCCAGCCAACGGCAAGCCAUGAAUACAGAAUGAACCAAAAACAGCUAUGAUAACUUUUGUUUUGGCUAAAAAAUGUUAAAACAUGAUAAGAAUUAACUUGACCAAUGUAAUGUUAAUAAUGUUAGUCUUAUAAUUAUCAAAUAUAUGUUUGUGUUGUUAACAUAUAUUUUGUGUUGUUAACUAAUUUUGUGGCAGAUAAAAUCAUGUUUCUCUGGUACAGUAAUAAAUAUAAUCAUGGGUUGAUAGUAGCAGUAAAAAAAAUCGCUGUAGGGGCAAGGGUUCUGUAGAGGGAGCACUGUAAGUAAUACUUUCACACAGUUAUAGCUUUGCAUGGAAGCUGAAAACUGUUACAUUUAGGUCAUCAAAAAAAAAAAAAGAACAUAAAUGAUAUAAUUUUUUUUUAAAUAAAUAGAAUGUAUUUCCUGAAUUAGUCAGUAAAACUAACCACAUGGUAAUAGCAACAUAUAAAAACCUAAUCAAUCAAAACACAUAACUAGACUUAGACCGCGUUAGGCUUAAACUUUAAGAAAUGUAGACUUUGACUUAUACUUAUAAUUAUAAUAUAUAAGAUACAAGCAAUAAUACUAAUAAUAGCACUAAUACUAAUAACUAAUACUAUUGCUAUCAUCAAUUUCAAUAUUAAGUAAAAUUAAUUCAAUUAAAAUUUUCCGUUAAACACAUUAAAAAUUAUAGUUAAAAACAACCCAUCAUCCAGCUAAUUACGCAUAAUACUUUUUUUUAACUUGCCAAACAAGCGAUUGAUAACCUUAUUUGGCUAAAUUCCUAGCCGACUGCGUAUAACCCUGAGAGUUAUACGCAGUCAGCUGUGAAUAACCCUCAGGGUUAUGCGCAGUCGACUGCGUAUAACGCUUCCCUUAAUUUGUAUUAAAAUUCAACGUACACGUUUCAAAAGGAAGGAAAAAAAGAAACACAACCUUGCUGAUAGUAUCAGUGAUACCCCAAGACCCAACACCGGUGACAAAAAUGACGCCCGCCAAAAUUGCUGUAUUUUGAUUAUUUGAAAUCAAAAUACCUGUAGUUAGGUAACAAAGGGAAUACAACUGCUUAAAUUGCAUUAGGAAUAAUCUUUAGGAACUGGGGAGGGGUCUCCCCUCCCCUCGCUUUAAAUACCAAAAUUAGAAACAUAGAAAAUAUCUGGAGAGGGGAGACCCCUCCCCAAGUUAACUAGAAAUAUAAAAUAAAAAAACAAUAACUUGCAUUAUGUAAAUACAGACAUCGAAAUAUUUUUGGUAUGGCACUGUAGACAGAAAUGGACCUGGAGGAUUCUCCGUGACUUAUAUACUGUGGGACACAUCGUCGAAACCUAACCUGGGUAUUGGCCCUAAACCUAGCCUGACUAUUCUAAAGCCUCAAGUAAAAAACAUGUGUUCAGCAGCAGUUACAGUUAUUAGAUGUUACUGAGUAGGCUCUAGGCCUAAUUUCUAUGUAGUAUUUAUAUUAAACAUUUAACUGAGGCUUAGAUCUACAGUUAGUAAUAUAAAAGAGGCAUCAAUAACCCAAUCUAAUUUCUGUUAAUUUAGUGCAGUGUUGUUGGUACUUUCAUCACUUUUAGAUAAAUAAGUGGGUAUUGGCAGCAUCUCCCCACCCAGAAUCACAUGUUUGCUAAGAUGUUGUUAAUGGCAAGGCAAGCGAUGUCUUCCGAGGUAUAUAGGCAUAGGUCAUGAAAGUUUUCCAUCUCAACUGCUAGCCAUAGUUCUGUAUUCAAAAUAGUAAAAAUGUAGUAAGCAGAGUUUUCUUACCCUAAGAGCAGUGACAUCACUUUGGGGGAAUCCCAACACUGGACAAAAAUAUUUGACAGGUGACGACAGAACCAACAGUUGAACCUCAACGAUGGGUAUAACUUUCACAUUACUCACUACAGAAUAUUAUUCAUGGCUUAAUCGUAAUUUGACAAUCGAUACAGUUAAUAUGGAAUAAAUUAAAAAUAAGUUUUCCAUUAGUUUUUGUUAAAAUGUAACUUUCAAGGUUCAAAAGAAAUUUUAAAAAGGAAUAUCAUCCUUGCUCAUACCCUGAGAUGAUAACUUUGCCAUUCGUCACUGAGCAUUAUUCUUGUCAUAAAUGUAAUCAGACGAUCAAUACAGUUAAUAUGAAAUAAAUUAAAAUGAAAUUUUCAAUUUGUGUUUAUCAAAAUGUUACUUACAAGGUUCAAAAGAAAUAUAAAAAAAAAGAAACUCAUCCUUGCUCAUACUCAUACCCCGAGUUAAACACUGCUAUUUUUUUUUUUUUUUUUUAUUGUGUGAAAAAAAAAGUACCGGUAUGCUAUUCAUUUCUAUCAUGUCAUAAUUUCACAGGAAAUCUAUCAAUAGACCUAACCUGAACCUUAAAACCACAUGUGCUAGUUAUAUGCUGUAUUGAGAAAAGACUAAAAUUUAAUAAAAAGUUUAAUAUAAUUUUUAAAAUAUUCAAAAUAAUGAAAACCGAACUUAACAGUCUCGUUUGAGUUUAAGCACUUUAUUACAGGUUCCCCCUUAAAUAAAAUCCAGAAGUUAUCCAUUAAGUCAAAAUCCAUUUAACAAAUACUCAGAAGAAGACUUAAAUAACGGUAUUAACCUUGUCGGUUUGAAAUAUUUUAAAAAAUUCAUCACUCAAAACAUUCCAUCAGCAUAUUAAAUGUAUAAAAUCAUAAAUAUGAAGGAAAACCUAUUAAUGGCAUGCAAUCACCCAUCCUUAGCUUCAACAGCUCAGUUGGGGUUUUGUUUAAAUACUCUACUGGCCACUGCAAUUAUAGACAUUUGUUAGUCUGCUAUAUUUAGAUUAAGUUGAAAUCUGAUAAUGGCAUGUUAUUGACAAAAGGGCUGAAACAUUAAAUUUUAAAUUUAUUUUGUGGGUGUUCAUUGCCAUAAUAUCAAAUUGAACCCCAGAAAACCUAAUUACCGGUAUUCUUAUGGCUCAACUUGCUCCACCCAAACACAGUGAAUAAAUACACCAAAAUACGAUCAUUGUUAAUUAAAUACCUUUAAUAUAAAAAGCUUAAAUAUGAUAUUACCCAAACAUCUAGAUUAAGUGGUCUACUGGGGAAUUGAUUCUUUGAAUCCUUUAAAUAGGCCCUCUUAUUUUUUUUAAUUUUGCCCAGGAAUCUUCAAAAAAGGCAACCAAAUAUACUUAUUUUGCUUUUAGUAUAAUUCAUCAUUUGAUGGAUUUGAACCACUUUGUCCAUAACUUUUGAAUUCAUAUCAAGUCUAAGAAACCAUCCUAGGAAGUAAAACCUCACCCCAUCCAGGUUAAGAGUUUCAUACAUACUUCAAUCUUUGUCUCACUCACACACACACAUAUAUAUAUAUAUUUAAGCCUAUGUUAAUUUGUAUCAUUACUUCACUUCUUUUCAGAGUUUAAAUUUAAGACUUAGUUGCCUGGAUUAUCUUGUCAUUUGUAGUGAAAAUGUCUUGCAUUCACUACAAGUUCAAGAGCAGCCUAGACUACAAUUCUGUUACCUUUGAUGGCUUACAUCUUUCCCUUGCUGAUUUAAAGAAAGCUAUUAGUCAGCAGAAGCGUCUUAAACCAGGAGAAUUUGAAUUGGAAAUUACAAAUGCUCAAACUGGAGAUGGUAAGUACCAUAAUGUUCACUUUAAAAAUUUUGUAAAAAAUAGAUUUCAGCAUAAUUAGUGCACACCCAUUGUACCGUAUCAGUUAUUUGACUUGGUACUUUUGCAAAUGUAGUUUGUUUUAUUUUAAAUUUUAGUUUACAAGAAAAAUGAUGAGUUGAUUGCUAAGAAUACCUCAGUCAUUGUCUCUCGAGUACCUAUGAAUAAGACAACAGCUAGCAGCACACAGAAGUCAUGGUGAGUUUAAAAGAAUUAUUUUUCCUUAAGUUUAAACUUAUUUGGCUUUUAUUUUAUUAUGGUUAGGCCUACUGUAUAAAAUUUUAUUCAUUAUGUUUGAGAUAUAAGAUAAAAUAAAGUUUACAAGUUUGUCAAAUGUUUGUUAUAUCUUUACCAAUAACAGUGUUAAAAAAAAUGAAUGCUUGCAUUACUAAAUCAGUUUCGGCUAAGGUAAUUGAUGAUCAAAUUAUAAAGUUGGCUCUUUUAUUUAAUUGUUGCGUAGUUUAAAAAUACCUGGGUUUAGAUUUAUUAUUUCAUGUCUAAAAAUUGAUAUUUUUACCGGAUUAAAUAGAAAAGGUGAAUGUCUUUUGUAGGAUGUAACUCCAUCAAUUUAAAUAAAAUGAGAAUUUAACUUUGUUCUUGUUUUUUAAAAUUCUAUUCUUCAAAAGCUUUAUUUUAUAAUAAAGUUAUCAAUUUCUUUGUUUCAGGGAGGCGUUCAAGCAGGAGUGCGCAAAAGUAGUACGUGUCUCAGUGGUAACUUGUGGUCUUGGUAGAUAAGUUAAUUUCCAUUCUGAAUUAUUUCAUUUAGUUUUUGUGGUGACAUGGUUUGAUUCAGUAAUAAGCGUUUAUAUAUUCAUCAUCGUAAGGGUUUGAACUAAUUUUCCUACCGUUUGUCUUACCGUGUUGAUUUACUGAAUGGUUUGGUAUCGUUGAACUCAAAAGUGACAAAGCUGCGUGCAUUUAUAAGCAUUUAAUUUGCGAUGAAGGGUAACAUUUCAUUUAUGCGCAACUUAUCAAUGUAUGCUGGGCAUAACAAUUCUUGAUGUUCAUUUUGAUUAAAACUAUCAAUUGUACUGUUUUUAACUGUACUUUCAUGUGAGAAUUUGAUAUCUUAUGAGUCAAAUUAUUGUUGCUUUUUAUUAUACCACUACACGGAGAGUCGUUUUGGCACUGUAUUUGUGAGGUUUGGUUCAUUUUGGAUCUAACAUUUUGAUCAGUAUUUAUAAAUUCCUUCCAUUUUUAAAUCAUUUAUUGCAUGUACAUAAAGAUCUCCACAAAGAUUUUUAUUUGUUGACCUUCAAUAUUGAAUAUUAGAAUUUUACAAUGAUGUCGCUUAAGCAUUAAGAUGUUUUACAAUCAGGUGUAUUUGUUGAUACAAGUAUUUAUUCUUGAAUACUUUUUUUUUAUUUUAUACAUAAUUGUCAUAUAAUAAAUGGCUUUUAAAUCUGUUAUAUGUUUUUUUUAAUAUAUAAACUGAAAUACGUUACUUGUAUAUAUGUUAUGUAUACAUUUUAUAAACAAUUUAUGCCUUUUUAUGUUGACUAAAAAGUUGUAAAGGAUGCAAUUUAUUUUAAAAUAUUGUUUUGUUUUAGUUAUAAGGAUGAUGUUUUUAAAAUUAAUUUUAUACACUUUCCUUCAAGCACUUUAAUAUACCUGUGUGGUAAUGUAAUUAUAAUAAACACUUAUUUUAUCUAAGACAAUAGUAACCCAACUUGAAAUUGUAUUUACUAAAAGUGUAUGAUUCCUUCUCUUGCAUUGUUGGCAUUUAGAGAUUUGGGUUGCAUUGCUUUAUCUAUUCUAAUUCCUACCUUAACAAACAGUUUGGAAAAGUAAAUAUUUAAUAUAAUAGUUUCAUUUUUUAAAUAGCUCGCCUCUUCAAGAUUUACUUGGUCAAAAAGUUUUGAUUAAGAAUCAAAAUCAAAGUGUAUCUGUUUUUGCUCAUAGUUAUGAGUUUUUUUCCCUGAAGUUGAACAUUUCCCAUUAAGUGGUUAAGUGUUACAAAUUUAAAAGGCACUUUAAAAAUUAUUGAUUUAAUUCAAAUUUAUGUUACUGGAUAACUUUUCUAAAGGAUAUAUUGAGAGCAUUAUCUCUUUUUGUGGGGUCUGCUGACUUAAAAAGUUAAAUAAAAAAUUAAUUUUUAAACAAUUUUUUAUGAUAACAUGGAGUUGGAAUAAUUUCAUUAUGCUGAAUCGUUUUCGGUGUGUUUUCUUUUACCAUAUUUAUUUUGUUAAACAAUGAGCUAAGUUUAUGCACUUUUUUAAUAAAGGUGUGAGGGGGGGGGGGGAUGAAUUUUUUGGCUCAUAAAAUUAAAUUGAAAAGAGGGGUUUUUUUUUAAAUUUAAUCUACCAUUUUAAAACAAUAAUUUCAUUUAGCCAAUUAACUCAAAGCUGGUAAUUAUUCUUUUCUUUUACCAUAUUUAUUUUGUUAAACAAUGAGCUAAGUUUAUGCACUUUUUUAAUAAAGGUGUGAGGGGGGGGGGGGAUGAAUUUUUUGGCUCAUAAAAUUAAAUUGAAAAGAGGGGUUUUAUUUUAAAUUUAAUCUACCAUUUUAAAACAAUAAUUUCAUUUAGCCAGAUAACGCAAAGCUGGUAAUUAUUCGUUUGAUAAUGAAAUUUAAAAAAAAAUUCUAAAUGGCCAAAUUGUAUAGCAUAUGCAAAUACCAGUGCUUAAAUCCCAAAACCCCUAAUAUACAUCACCCCCACAAAAAAAUCGUUUUGCUUCUUACCCUGAAUGUAAUACUUUGUAUGUCAUUGUCUUGAGGACUAAAGAUAGCUUUGACGUACAAGCACAAGAUGAAGUUGUCAUAGACCAGUGGUUUCCAAACUUUAUUUUACUUAGACCCCCUUUAAAAAAAGUGUAACUCCAGCACACACACACACACACACACACACACACACACCCCCCCCCCCUCUCUUAUACAAAAAGAUAAUUUUCCUAUGUUGUAUAUGAAGAGUUGAUUUUAAAAAUGCUGUUUCUCCAUUUUUGGCGUUUUGAGAUAUUUGACGACUUGUUCUGCUACACAAUGAUGGCUCAAAUUUUCUUAAAAGUAAAUGUUAACUUAGGUAUAUAUUCAAAAUAUAAUUCAGAUCAUGAUGAAAAUUGAAAUGUAGGAUAAUUAAAAUGUAUUUAUUUACUCGGUUUAAUUUCUUAUUUCGUUUCAAAAUGCUGUGUAUCCAGCUUUUAAUUACCGUCAAAAUGCUGUAUAUCCAUUUUGAUAGCAUAACAUUAAUCCCCAGUAGCAAAUAAUUCAAGUUGUUGAUAGAUUACAAACCACUUACAUAACAAAAUAUAUUAAAUUGUAUCAUAUACAUUUUAUAAUUGUGUAUGAUUAAUUUUUUUUAUUGAUAUAUUUUAACAGAACAGUAUUAUAAAUGCUGCGAAGUCGCUUGUAAUAGUGUAAUGUUUAGAGUGCUAUAAGUUUGCAUGAUUUGUUUUUAUAAAUCUGAAUUCUGAACAAAAGUAAACAAGAUAAUUUUCGAUUCACAAAUGAUUUUAUUUGAAUUUAGGACAAUAACAAAAUACAAAAUUAUAAGGUGUCGGAGUGUGCAUCAUCUUCAAUAGCAGUUUGGUUUUGUUUUAGGAAAAGUUGAUGCUUUGUUUUAGGAAAAGUUGAUGCAUCUUAUUUACAUUCAAAUCAGAGGGCAUAUAUUUCUGUCCUUGAGCACCCUUUCUUCUGUAAUGGCUGGAUCUGCAUGUAAAAGAUUGAAUGUGUGAUAAAUAACACAGCUAACUCUGUAAAGCAACUUUUUAUUUUCAUUUCCUUAACAUUUCUGAUGUGUAGUAACCAUAACCAUAAUAAUAAUAAUGUAAAAUGAACUUUAGUGGUUUUUUAAUAAAGUUACCAGUAACUCACCUUGCAGAACCCUUUAUCGUGAUUACAGGUAACCGAGGGGAUCUUUCCUCCCCUUGAAUGACCCAAUGAUUUUUAUUUUUCUCUUGUUGAGCUUUUUUUUUUUGGAGAUUUUAUAGUACAAAUAACUCUUUUAUCCAGGCUGUCGUUAUCCACCAUGUUUGUUGUUGUUUUGCUUUGUGGUGUUUAGUGCGCAUGCGCAUAAUGCUGCAGAAUAGCUUGCCAAUCACACGCCUUGGUCUGAAAAGAUAUGCAUCGUUUUGAUAAUAAAAAAGAAAAUUCACACUGCGUUUUGAAAAUAAAAAAAAAAAUUUUAGACAUAGAAUAAUAUAGGAUUAAAAUGUGUUUUGUAGAUAAAUUUUAACAUGUCCUAAAGGAACCAUGUUUGCUCUUCAAGAAUAUACAGUUAAUUAAUUUUUUUUCUAAAAUGGCGGAUACCGCGUUUUGAACUCGAAUUUUCAUAUGGUAAAAAUAAAUUAAUAUGAAGUACCCAGUAAUUAAAAUAAAUGUAAUGACAAAAAAUUAAUAAAGUUUUACUGUAUAUUAAUUUUUUUUUAUAAUGUAAUGGAUGCUCUUGAUUAGCACAAAAUUGAUCAAAUCUAUGUACGGGUAGUUCUUUUUCUACUAAUCAGGCUCAGUAUAAGGAUUUCAUUGCUGCUAAUGCAAUAAAUAUUGUAUUGCCUUAAUAUGAUAAUAAUAAAUUUCAUUAUGAUUUUCAUCAAGAACAAUCCUUUGCAACUCUUUUUUUGGCGUCGAUUAUCUUUUGAAUCACAUUUGCUGCACACUUCUCGAUAGCAUACAAAUAAGGUUAAUUAGCUUCCAUAUCUCCACACACCUUUGCAAACAACCUAACUCUUAAAAGACUGUUUUUUUAUGUAGCUUUUGAUAACUUGUAAAAAGUUCCUCGCUCAUAUUUUUUAACAAACUGUACCGUAAAGCAUGCAUUGUGUCCCGAUAACCAGGCUAACUAAUGCUUGAACUCCCUUCUCUCCUAAAAUUGACUGAAAGUUUCUGUUGUAUUAGAAAUUCCAUUGGAUGUGGGCUUUCCAGGAAUGGUGUUGCAAAAUAACAUACCAUCUGUUAUAUUAGUUUUUGAACAUUUGGAAUUAAAUUGAGACCUUUAGCUAAUUCAGUUGCCUCAUCUAUUUGUAUGGUGAAUUUCAAAGCAUGCAGUAGAGGAACUCAUGGCAAAUAUCUUUAGAUAUACCAAUUAUUCUUCUGCCAACUGUAUUAUCAAGCGAUAUUUUUAUGCAACAGUAUUGCACAUGAUUUGCUAAGAAAUUUCUAGAGGUUCUCCUAUCAGCAUCACUAUCUUCGUCAUUAUUUUCUCAUUAACCAGUCACAAAAAAAUUAAUCCCUUUUGUUUAAAAAUGUUAUGGUUACAUGAAUUUUCUUUUAAAAAAAAAAACAACCUAUAAACUACUAACAAUUGUUAUUAAGUUAUCAUAACAAAAAAGUUAUAAGUUAUAACACACACAAAAAUUUUAAGAAACACCAUCUCACACCCCUAAAACACUUCUGUUAAUAUGAGUGAUGUUUGAAAAUAGAGUAAUUUUUUUAAUGGUUACUGCGACUAGCAGUUCAAGCUGUCGCUUUAAAACUAUGCACUUGCAAACCAAUGGUGUCAUUCAAAAUGACUUGUUUAAAAUUUUUUUUUUUUUAAAUCGGUCUUUACUGUAGUAACAAAUAAUUUUCAUCCAUGCAGCCAAUGCUUUACUAUGCACUCUACAUAUACGUAAUCCAUAGUAUGCACUUAAUUAUAUAUAUUACAUCAAAUCAAUCAUAAUUCUUCAAUCCAUUACAGGAAAAUAUUUUUUUUCCUUCAAAUUCAAAAUAAAUGUUUAUCAAUGUUAAUAUCAAAGUUAAAGUGAGAUAUGUUGUGGUAAAUGCUUUUAAAAAUAAGUUAUAAAAUUAAAUGUUAUGAACAUUUAUUUAUAAAUACUGUAAAAAAUGUAUAUAUAUGUUGUGAAAAUAUAAUUUGUAAACUUUUUGAGCUUACCUUUGUACUAGUCCAGACCUCUCCAGGGAAGCGCAUCCCUCCCAUUUAGGAAAUCGCUGUCAUAGACUAUGACUUAAAGUGUCAAUUUUUUUCACAAUUUUUUUUGUAGAGAAAAACACGCACACGCACCCACCCCUCACCCCACCCCAAGACCUGUUUGUAUCUAAGUGCCUACAUUGUAUCUUGCACAAAUUAUGCCACAGGCACAAAAGCGUGCAGUAGAGUUGUCAUUACUUUUUUUAUAUCUAGAGAGUUCCCUUUGAAAAUACAAAGCAACACAAUGAGAAUAAUUUCAAAACAUAUCUUUGAUAUUUUUGUAGUCUUCAAAGUUAAUUAAAUCAGAGAUUCUUUGGUUUUUAGGUGACAUUUGAUUAAUUUGAAGAUAUUAAUAGGUGAUUAAAUCCUCUCCAAAAAAUUUAAUUUACGUUUUAACGUGAUUAUCAUUUCUUUCAUUUGUAGUCUUCUUAUUUUCAAAAUAUAAAUGAUGUUUGUGAACAUUAUUUUGAUCAUAAUACCAUUCACAUCUUCAUCAACCCGACAUAAAUGUUUGCAGAGGGUGUAGCUGAUGCAUUACCUUAAGUUGGCUUUAAAUUGGUUUUCGCAUGCUUUUCAUUUGAAGUGUUAGCAAAGGUAAUAACAAUACUCUUAGUACCACAUCUAUCUAUUUCUUUGAAGACAAAUAAACAUUGAACUUUUCGAGUGACAAAGUACAUAUUCUCCCAAAUAUCCCAUACAAUUUGUUUUUUUCUCCAGGAACUUUGUUAGAUGUUCAAGCCAUUUUUUUAUAUGCAUAAGCGUAGAAAGUUAGUCCAGUGCCUUCAGAAUGUUAAGUCAGCUUUAAGUAAUUGUUUAGAGUAGGGAUGGGUAAACUUUUUAGCGGCAAGCCAGAUUCAAAAGGUAACAGGCACUGGAAUCAUAAAUCAUGAAUGAAAAAAAAAGGUGGGUGGGGGUUGUAGUUUUACCAGAAUCAUAGGAAUGUAUUAUUUUAAAAAAUAACAAUAUUUGUACAAUUACGGGUACUAUUGAUUCAAUUAAGUCGUCAUUAAAAAAAUAACUUAACACUCACCAGUAGUACAAAUCUUAUUGUGCCAUUGACUUUGAAGGCUUUUGGUUGCUUGAGUUGGAAAAUAACACCUUUAGCCUGUGCCUGAUGGUGGUGUGAUACAUGAUUUUUCUCAUUCUCUAAGAGUUUGUUGAGGUAGGCUUGAUUUUGGCUGUAGCAACUCACAUCUGGUUUUGCAAAUUUUCAUUGCUUAGGCCACAACAUAAUUUAACAUUGGCAAGGUUCAUUUUAUAAAAGAACUGCUCACAAAUAUAAGUUGUUCCAAAGAGAGAUAUUAUUCUUAAAGCACGAUCACAAAGUUGAUGGUAUUGAAAGCUUGACAGACUUUUGUAGAACCUGAUUAAAGAUUGGUUCCAAAAGUUUGUUUUGAGAGCUUUGUCUGACCGCAAAUCUAAUAAUCCCAUUUGAAACUGAGGGUCAACUUCACUUGAAUUGACACGAAAGGUCACCUCAUAAAGUUUAAACUCAGUUUCUCUCUCAAUGACUUUCGAGAAAGCAAGUAUUAAAAGCAUUUCACAACAUUCUGCUUUCAGCUGCAUAUUGUUAGUAUUAUUUGGAUUUUGGCUGUUGGGUGUAGGGAAGAGUGUUGUAUUGCCCUCUUUAAGUUGCUUUUGCCAGUAGACUAAUUUAUUUCAAACGAGUUUAAGCUGGUAACAAUAGAAGUUAUGAGCUGAUCAAGGCCUUGCAGCUAAACUUUCAACUCAAACAGGUACUUGUGUCAGCCAUAAGUUAUCAAGUUCAGGAACUGGCCUAUUCUUUAUAUCCAUAAAAGUUGUGACCUCGCCGCACAGCUCCCAGGCUCGCCGCACAGCUCCCAGAAUAGCUUCAUCAUAUCUCCAAGACUGAGCAAACGAACAGCACAGUAGAUCGCUAUGUUCACCUUGUUUGAAAUCAACAAAAAGCUCCUGAAACUGUUGGUUGUUCAUUUAUAAAAUUCACAUAUUUAACAACAACCAUUAACACAUUUCAUAGUCAAACAUCGAGCACAUAUCAAUGGUGUUUCAAGCAGUGAACACUGAAUAGUUUUUCAGCAGCAAAACCUUGUUUGUUCAUUUCUUGUUGCAAAGUCCAAAAAUCCUUAGAUUUUUCCUAUCAAUGAGGGUGCUCCAUCAGUAGCUACCCCUCUCAAUUUUUGAAAGAUAAACUGUUUUCAUGCAUUGUAUUUAUUAGGUUAUCAAUAUGUAGUUGUGCCUUUCAGUUAUUUUAAAUCCAGUAAUUCUUCAGUCUCUUCAAACUCACUUGAAACACCUCUAAUAAAAAUGGCAAGUUCAGCAGUGUUGGUUUUCUCAUCAAGAACAAGAGAAUAUUAUAUAGUGUGAACAUUUUCUCUUAUGGUCAGUAAUGUUAUCUGUUAUAUCAGAAAUAUUUGACAAAAUGCUUUUUCAGCUGACUGAUAUUUUUAAAAUGCUGAGCUUGAUCAGGGCAGACAAUUUCAGACACAGCAAUCAUGCACUCUCUAAUAAACUAAACCUUACUAUGAGGCUUGAGUUUCUUUGCAAUCGGAUCACUCGCAACAUAACUUGCUUGCAGAACAGCAUCACUAGAAAGUUUGGCUUUCGUAUACAUUCCUCAUCUUGUCAUUGUUUCAUAAUGGUUAUUUUGUUUGGGUUCGCUCAGAACCUUUCAAAUUAUGAAUCUCAGGGUGUUGUGUCUUGUAAUGUCUUUGAAUGUUGCAUUUCUUGAAACCCCCCUGGGCUUAGCUACAAGCCAAGCUUGUAGGGUUUCCAUUUGAUUCAGUAAAACAAAGCUCUUUCCACUCAGUGAGGAAAGAGCAUUGAGCCUCAUCACGUUUUCUUUUUUCUCCAGCCCUAUUGAUUAUAAUAACUAUAUUAUGCACAAGUAAGAUCAAUUAACUAUAUUCUGCAAUAAUGACAGUAUAAUUGUAUAAUUGAUUGUCACAAAAUAGAAUGUACUGAAACAAUACAACACAAGUAAUUUUUAGUGUUAAUCUAAAAAAUAUCAAGCUCUUUGACCAUUCUGAAAAAACAUAACUCCACAACAGGAAGAAAAUGUCUAUCCCCAAUAAAUUGUGAUUUCACCAGAAAAGCAAAACAACCCACAUAGUAGUAACAUCAUAAAUCGAACAUUAAAAUUACACAUUCAUUUUUUGUCUUUUCCAUUUUUAUGAAUAUUUUUUAAAGGGAGCUUGGGGCAUUCAAAAUGGGAGCCAUGGUUUGUCCACCCCUGGUUUAGAGAGUUUAUAUAUAUAUAUAUAUAUAUAUAUACUUUACCGGUACUUAUACUCUACUGAUCCAAGAUGAACUUUUUUGAGAUUACUCUAUUAUAAUUUAUUGCUAGUAGUGACACCAUACACUCUAUUGGCCACAACUUAAAGCAUGUUGUGCUAUAUGCAGUUUGAAACUCCUCUACCCUAUCAAUCCACUGUUUGUUUCUGAUGUUGAAUAACUUUACUUCAAUAGAUUUGCUCUGAUUAAGCAUUGGUUUUGGAUUAAAUUUUAGUUUUAUAUGCCUCCAAUGUGUUUUUAAAAUCAUUUUAAUUCCAAACUAAUUUUACUGUUGUGUUCAUCAUGUAGUGAUUGUAGUGUUCCCUGAUUUGGGGUUUGUGGAAAGAUGCCCAUCUCAGAGCCAUCAGUCAGACACUUUUAAAAUAGUAAUUUGAGUAAUGUCAUUCAAUCACACUGGAAAUAUUGGGGUACACAUAUAAAAGUAAAGUACAUCAUAGGAAAUAAAUUUAAUUCUUUAAUUUUAUUUAUCUUGUUUUAGAUACAAGACUUAGAUUUUAGGUGAGAUGCUUAAAUGAUCAAAACUUAACUCUUGGAUUAAAAUGAAGAAUUAAAAAAAUAGGUUCCAGCAUAUUGAUAAACUUAAACAAUUUCAAGAUAAGACAUUUUUAAAGUAUUUCUAAAAAAUAAGCCAUUAUAUAUCAAAACUUCUCUUCCUUAAUUACAAUGUUGACUAAAGUCAUUAUUUGACUUUAUAACAGUCGGGGCAAGGUUUUUAAAAGCAAUAAGUUCCCCUUGCUGGCAAUAUCUAUAGAUUUUAAAUGAGUGUGCAAAUAUAAUAUAAUAUCAGUAGCAAAUUUUGUAGGAGAACCUUGACCCGUGGUUUACUUGGCUAUUCUUUUUGGCUCUUUUUUUUCUGUUAACAUUAAUUUUGCUUAUGUUUAUGUUUUUGCUCGGCUUAUGUUUAUGUUGACUGCCUUUAUGUUUCUCUUGCACGUCUUUUAAGUUCAGUACUGGCCCUCCAAUUUAUCUUCCUCUCUCUGCCAGUUGCCCAUGCAGCAGGUCUUUUGGAAAUCCAGUAGUUUUCAGACUCUUGUUAUGGUUGGCUUUGUCAUCAAAGGCAUCUUUUACUAAAUGUGGAGUGCAUGCUUCUCUGUGUUAUUAGGUACUUUUCCUCCCAUCAAAUGCGUCUUAGGUGGAAGCUACUACGUUAACCUCCAUGGCUGAUGUAAAUGGCCAUCCAUCAUCUAUCAAAAUUGCGUGAUUACAUUUAUGGGUGGCACCUAAGUGGUAAACAUUUCCAUUGAGGAGUACUGGGCAUGCAUGCUUAGUAGAAGCGCACUUGUCUUCUGUGAGAGGUUACUGUUGUUCUAUGGCCUUGUUUAAACUUGAGGUGAUCUUUAUUUUCACGUCUGCAUGGACGGAGAGUGAGGGGAAUAAAUUAAACCCAAAGUAUAAAUAGUUUUCAAAUCUGCUUCUGGGGCCAUGACAUUUGUUUUAGUUUCAGUGAAUUGAGGCUGCAUCAUCAGUGGCAUUGAGGUAGAUUUAAUUAAAACCAGUGACAUAAGGCCUCCUAAAAACAUUUGGAAUGUAUAUAUACAUAUAUAUAAUAUACAUCUCCAUUGCCAUGUUUGGUAACACUGGGCUUUAGACACUAAUUUGGAAGUCAUUUACCAGACAGAUAAUUUUGAAUAAUUUUCCCCGUUCCGAUUGCAUGUUCUGGUUAUUUAUUCAUAGAUAAUAAUAUUUAUAAUGUCCAUUUAACAUCCACAAACUAGAAAUUGGACAGCUUCUGAAGUGGCCUUUGGAAACUGAUUUGAUAAAAAUAUAUUUCUGAUUUUUAUAUAAAGCUCUCUUCAAUAAUUUAAAACAAGAAAAACGCUAUAGUGUUUUUGACGAAGCAGAAAAGUUUGAGAAUUGUGUAUGAAAGGUUCUGUUAGUACUUCUGGAAGGUUUAAUUAUCAGUCUCUUUACUCUAUGUAUUCCUUUCUAUCAUUAUUGAUUUGAGAAUGCAAGUUUUAUAUCUGUUCAAAAUACCAUGAGAAGGUUAAGCUUAAAAGGAAAAGAAAAACACAGCAGUCCCCUUGUUUUGGAAUUUGUUGGUUGGUCACAUCCCACAAAAUUUUAAGUUAUUAACUUCAUUUUUUGCAUUGGAGCAGUUAGCCUCGUUAAAAGUGAUCUUAAAGUUAUGCAACAUAUAGCUCACCUCCAAAGAUAGAUGUUUGUGCUAGUCUAUAAAAAUGCACUCCUUAGAUCUGCUCCCUUUCCUUUUUGGAUUUACAAGAUAAAAAUGUAAUUAUUCUUGAAUUUCAAAAUAAUACUAUUUCUAAAUGUUCCCAUAAUGCAAAGUAAAAUUGUUAAAUUUGAAGUCAGAGAGAGAGAAAAAUAUGUCAGUAGCAUGUAUAAUUUGCAACCCGUCUGCUCCAUUUCAACUAUUGAUAGAUUAUUUUCAGUGGAUUCAGUAUUAUCAACUUUAUUUGACUAAUCAGUUGCUUAUGUUUUUGUUACUUAAAUUUGUAGUAUCAUCAGGUCUAGCAGAGCAUUACAGACCUAUAGAUAGUCUAUAGUAUUUUAAAUGUGUAACUAUUGUUCUUGUUCAUAAGCAAGGUUAGUUAAAAAUUUGAAAUGCCGAUUAUUAUCUUUUAAAUUACUUGUAUCACAAGAAAUAAUUAAUAAUUGAGAAUCACUGCCAUAUUAAUUAAAAAUCUGUCAUUAUUCCUAGCAUUUUAAGUUUUUAUAGUAAUGAUUUCAUUAUAGCAACUUUUGUAAAAUUAACCUAGAGAAGUGAAUUUAAUUAUUUUCAUUUAGAUAAAGGUUCAAAAUAUCUUGCUAUUUGCCAUAACUUAUUAGUAACUCUCUUGAGUUUUAAAAAAAAAAAUUAAAGGCCUGCUUAAAGUAAAUAAAUAUGCAUAUUUUGUUAGUACUAAAAAUAUGAAAGAAAUCAGACCUAAGUAAUUUUGAGCUGUAUAGAAUAUUCCUUUUAUUAUGUUAAACAAAGUAUAUAUUUUAUAAAUCGAUAUCUUAAUUUUAUCCUAAUGAGUCUUUCAUCUAAAUUGAUAUAUAUUUAUGUUACAAUAAUUUGUUGUUUUUAAUUUAGGAACAGACUCAAUAUUUUUUAUAUUGAUUAUGCAUUGGAAAUUGUUUAGAGUUAAAAAGUCAUGGUAUUCUGUAAUUGUUGCUGCUGAAACAUUUCCUAUGUGAGCUAAAAACUGUACUAAUUUCUCUGUUUGACCUUAACUGUUCACAAAUUUAGAUUAGAUAGAUCAGUGAGCACAGAUAAGUCCAAAGCGUAUUUGUACACUUUUUCCCCUCAACUAGUUAAAGAAAUAAUCAAUUUAAUAUUCAUUAUAUUUGUAGAAACGUGUUCUUUUUACUUUAAAAAAAAUUAAAUUAAAACUAUUUUUCUUAAGCUACUAUUAUAAUUGAAAAGGAGCCUUAGCAACCUUAUUUUAGUAUUUAGAGAGUUAUAUUAAACACUGUUUUAGUUUUAGCAAUGUCAUGACUCUUUUAUGUAUUAACAUUUUAUAUUUUGUACCAGUACCAUUGAUUAAUGACUUGUGUUACUGCAAAAAUAGAUAUACGUUAAAAAAAAUUAGUCUACUUUUUAUUUUUUUAAGUACCUUUUCUGGACUUUUAUUCUAAAUGUAUUUUGCCAAACAAAUCACUUAAUGUCCUAAUUUUAUCUUUUUUGUGAAUUCUAGCCCAAAGGAUAUUUAUAAGAAGGAUUUAAAACUCUAGCUUAUAUAAAAACCAGUUUUAAAUUAUUUGGAUUUUAAUGCUUUGAUUAAGGACAAUCAUUAAAGUUAAAAUAUUUCUAAUAUUUCUGUAUAUCCAUGUUUCUCUAAAAACUCUUUUGACAAUUUUUAAAAUAAUUGUAUGUAUUUAAGUCUUACUUCAAAUGUAUUGUAUUCAUUCUAAAGAUUGAGGGGGAAAAAUUGCAACUUUAACAACUGUUAUUUUUAAGCUGUACUGCAUGUUGGCUCAAUUCUUCAGACUAUACCCAACUAGAACGCAAGAAAUUUUCUUACAAACAUUUUCAAAUAGUAACAAAGUAUCUUAAAUUUAAUACAUAUCUAGCUUCAAAAUUCUUCUUCUUAGCCUUUUAAACUCCCAGUGGAGCAUAGAUCAUUAAUAAUUUAUAUCCAAGCCUUCUGCUCUCUUGCUGUCUUCUCUUUGCUAUCUUUUCGAACUCUUUUUCAAUCUUUACUACAUCCUUGUCGACCUCUCUUUGCCAUGUGUUUUUGUGUCUUCCUUGUCCUCUUGAUCUUUGGGGGUUACUAUAGCUUGUCUUCUGAUAUUUGAAAUACAUUUUCUCUUGGUAUGACCUAUCCAUCUCCAGCUUCUUUUCCAGAUUUCUUGCUCAGCUACAAAAAUAGUGCAAAUAUUUUUGUAAAUUUUUAAAAUAUUUUUUUAAGUUAGUGCAAACAUUUCAGAACAGAAUAAGUUUUCUUACCUUCUUACACAUACUCUUUUGGGUAUAAUUAGAAUUCUCAUUGGUUGGUCAAUAUGCUUUCAUUUUUAAAAAUAUAAAUAUAAUUUCUUAAUGGUUAUAAAUUAUUCAACCAAAUUGCUACUACCAUUACUCACAUUAUCAGAAUUUUCUACUGACGUGUUUUUAUUUUGUCAGAAAUAUUUCUGUCAGAUUUUUUAAGAUAGAGAUGGCAGCUAAAUUUUAAAAUUAUGUGUUACAUUAUCCCAACAUUAUUAAUAAUAGUUCAUCUAGUUGUACCUGUUAAAAAUGUUGUAUGGACAUUUCAUGAUUACUUCUUUUAAAAUAUGUGAUAUUAAAGUUGUGAUGACUGAAAUGUGUUGUCACAUAUAUAAAAAUCAUUUUUGAUCUAAUUUUAUUUAGUCAAACUUAUUAAUGUUCUAAUCUACCAGUCAGCAAAAUUUGUGUCCAAUUUUUCUGUGAUUAUAAAUUUGUUCUUGAAAUUUGCAAAUGAUCUACCAGUUUCCAACCAACGUUCAAAGGUUCAAGUGAGAAAGUCAUCCAGAUCUACUAAUUUCAACUACAUUAAUUUGUUGAGUUACCAGAUUCUUCAAGGCAGUCAGCAUAAUUUUGAAAAAUCAGAUGCUAUUUAAAGCACCCUCAACAUUCUAAAUACAUAUGCAAUAUGUUGCAAUUGUAAACAGUGUAGAGACAUUUUACUUUGUUGCUGUUUGUUCAUUGAGCAUUUCAUUCAAUAAAACAAGGGCUUUCAUCCCUGUUCACGAGUUUCGCAUUAGUUUCUAUCUACUCUCUUAAUGUCUAAUAAUUUUUAGCAUGUUUAAUUUUGAUUUACAAGACCUAAUAAAAUAAAGUUUGUUUUCUGAUCGUAAUUUGACAUAUUCUAGUUUUUCCUCUAAAAAUAGUAUUUUAAUUACUUUAGAACAAAAUACGCUGUCAAAUGGAGAUAUUUUUGUAAGAAAAUGAUAGUUGUUAAAGAAAGCAGUCUUGACCUAAUAGACACGGCCAUAAUAAAUUACACAUCAGAAUUUCCCCCUAUAAAUUAUAGUUUUAAAUUAAGCUGGUAAUACUUUUUACUCACUGUUCGAAACAACCUUCUUUCUCACCGGGAUUUUAUCUUCCAAUUUGAAAUGCUUACCAGCCCAGUUAAAAUGAAUAAAAUAUUUCAUUGCUGAAAAAUUUUAAUGGUUGUUCCAUUUUACUCUUGGAUAAUCCUAAUGUCCAAGGAUGAUGGAUAUGUUAAAACUUCAGACUUGUUAGAAUUAGGUUAUUGUCAUACAAAACAUUGACCUGAAAAAUAUUAGGAGAUAACAGAAUUGGAGAAAUUUCAAAACACUUUGUCCAAUUUCCACCUAAAAUUUCAAGCUUAAUUUCAAAGAAGAAACAAAUACCUUAGUAAAUAUUGUUUAUAAAACUAAAGAAUAAUUCAGUCCGAAAAAAUUAUUUGAAAAUAUAUAUUUUUUUAAUCAAACGGAAAUCCGGGCUUUAAACAAAUAUUGUAGAUGAGCUGGAAUGAAGAUAGUUCAGUGGGGUUCAUGGUCUGCAAGCAGAAGAUCAUUGGUGUUGAGUGUUGUACAACACAAGAACUGCAAUGCUGCAGCAAUGAUGCCCUUCCCAGACAUUUUUCAUCCAGUGUCAUGGUAAGGCUACAUGUCUUGACAAGCUGCCAUGCUGCUAGAAGUUUUACUGUCAGAAUCUGUUCUAUUAUCUUUUCAUAUCUGUGGAGAGAUUGAGUGUUCAGCAAUGCAGGGGGAUAAUGUGGCGUACAUGUUUUAGAUGGAAAUCCUCUACAUAAAAGUCAGCUUAGCUUGGAACUGGAAUUAUAAUUGCCAUUGAUAAUUGGAGUGCAAUUCUGCAAUUACACCUGAAAUUACCACAGGGUGUAAUAAACUUUUAUAGAUUUUCAUAGAUUUAAAAGCAGAAUAUUUUUUAACCAUCCUUGUUUUCAAUGUUCAGGUGCCAUUUAAAAAUAAAUAACAUUGCAAGGUGUUUUAAUCUUUAAACAAAUCUUUUUGAAACCAUUAAAUUGUUCUGGCUAUAGCAUAUAUUUUUAAAAAGCUGUAUUUAAGGUAGAAACCCAACUAAUAAAGCAUACUGUAGAGGGAUAAAACGUUCUUGAGCUUUGCAAUAAUUUCAUAUUGCUAUUAAUCUUGAAAGAAAGAAAAAUGACACUAGAAGCUUGACAGAAGUUGAUGCUCUGGUUUUGCAGUGUUAAAAUCUUAUGACGGUACACUUGAGGCCUUUAGGAAAAUGAUUUACUGCAUAUUUUUCAUAAGCCUUAUAUUUAGAAGAUCUACUAUUACAAUACGUGUUAAACUUAAAAGGAAAGCUUGAACAAUUAUAUUAUGUGUGUGAAAGAAAGAUAUGUUAUAAUUAUUAGAAAAGCAUGGCAAUGUCAAGACUGAAGAUGAAUAAUUUUAGUAUAUAUUAACCAAUGAACGUUCAAUUUGAUUUUUUUCAGAAAGAAAAAGAGAGACAGAUGACAUUAGAGAAAAUGAAACAGGUGCAACUUACGAAAAAUUCUUUUAGUAAAGAGUAAAAAUUUGUCAAUGCUUGUACAAGUAUAUUUUAAUGGAGUCAACUAUUCUGACAUAACAAUUACAUAUACUACAUAAAGUAAGAUUUAAUUGAAAGAGUCUUUAUUAACAAUGAAUAUCUCUUUAUUUAGACUCCAGACCUCGCUACAUCUUCAGAAAUUGAUAAAAUCAAAGCUGUCAUAGAUCAGUCUACUAAAGGAUUUGAACCAUCGAAGUAAGAAAAUUGGUUUUGUUCUCUCCCCUCCCCUCAUGUUAAACAAAAAUAAUACAUCUCAUUAAUGAUGCCUUCACAACAACCAAUAAACUGGCUGUCCGGCUAUAGAUCACAAUAGCUGCAAUGAAGCUAUCCAUCUUGGUUCUAAUUAUAUUAUCUGAAAUAUUCAACCUAGACUGAGAAAGUAGCUAUCUGUGAAAAUCUUAAGCAUUAGUUUAUGUUAAUACUCAUUAAUUAUUUGAUCAUUUUGGCCCUAAAAGUAAUAUAGUUUAAUGGUUGAGUCUGAGAUAUUCUUAUCAUAUUCCUUUCAGCUUUGUUGGAAAAUUUCAGUCAGGAUUCCCACAUGAAAAUUAUGUAUGCAAACGGUGUGGACAGAAAGGUCAUUAUAUCACCAACUGCCCUAACAGUAAUCCAGUGAGUUCAUUUAUUUUAAAGCUUUUAUCGAUAUUUUUCUUCACACAGUAUUUCUUUCAAAACAAAAAAUCUAACCCCAAGUUACACAAUUUCACACACAAUGCAUGUGUUAGUUUCUCUUGCAUGGUGCUAUUGAUUCCACAGCAUGUUAUAAGAAAAUGAUUCAGUAUUAUUUUUUUUGUGCAUCCACGGGUCUAUGGUUAGUAUCUUGAGGGGUAAAAUUUAUUAUAGGAAAACAAAGACUGCCUUUCACAAUCAUAAUGCCCCACAUGUUGAUAGAAAUUUAGUGAAUUUGUUAUUUACAAAUAUCAUAGAAAAGUCAUUUUAUGCCCCGAUAAAGAUCAGUGAGACUCUAAUGCAGAAAGAACAUAUUGCUCAUUGUUUAUUGCAAACUUUCUAAUUACUCUUUUAAAGAUAAAAACUUCAUAUUACACUUCAGACUAUUUAAACCACAAAAGGUUUGCAAUGUGCACACUUUAAAAAUAUCUCUAGCAACACUUCGAAUAAAUUUUUUUACCUCAUGUCGUCAAGGUUCACUGUACAAACAAAGUAGCUAAUAAGAUUACUAUAAAAUGAAAUGGAGAGUAGCUAAUUAAUAUCACAUAGUUCAUUUCUUCUUCUUGUGCUAUUCUCGAAGUACGUAGAUUAGCUUUUAUUUAUAUCAGUCCCAUUAAAUUUACUUUACAAUACCGAUAAUUUUUUUCAUAAAUAUGUCUCAAUUCAUUCCAAUAGGUUAUUUCUAAGGAUCGCUGAAAUUAAGAUAAACAGUCUUAUGAUCAUGAAUUUUAGUACAUAGUGAAUUUAAAAAAGUUGUAAUUUUUAUAUUAUACAUUUUAUAAUUUAAUAACAAUAUUUGUUACAAUUGUUAUAUUUAUAUAUAUAUCUUUAGGAAGAUCGCAUUGUAGAGCCUCGUUACAAGCGCCCAACAGGAAUACCUAGCACAAUGUUGACCAUUGUUGAUGAUCCUUUACAUCCUGGUGCUCUGUUGACCCAACAUGGCCAGUUUGCAGUACCAACAGUCGAUGUGUAUGUACAUUUAUAAGAAUUAUAAAAUAUAUCCUGUUGAAUUAAAAGUUCAAGAGAUUUAUAAAACUAUUAUUAAACAUUUUUUACAUUUUUGAGUAGUUUUCUUUAAAUUGACAAUUUUCAUUUAAUUAUUUUUUUUGCUACAGAUUUGGCUAUAGAGAGACAAAGAAAGAGCGCCCUCCCUUUUUACCCGGAGAAAAGCAAGCAGAACCUGAAAAAAAGAAGAUCCCACAGGAGCUGCUAUGUCAUAUUUGUGAGGAUCUUUGUGUAGAUGCAGCUAUUGCCCCCUGCUGUGGUACAAGUUUCUGUGAUGAAUGUAAGUAAAAUCAGUGCUGCUAUAUCUUUAGUUGUGUGUUAUUGUGUAAGCCAGGUGUUAAUUUUAACAAUUAAUUAGCAACUACAAAUCUAUGAUUUAUUUUGCAAAUUAUUUCUUUUACAAAGGUCUACGUGAGGUUUUGCUUGAAAGUGAUGACCAUCAGUGUCCAUCUUGUAAAGAAACCAAUGUGUCACCAGACCGUAUUGUAGCUAAUCGUUCCAUGAGGCUAGCUGUCACUAACUUCUUAAAUGACACAGGUUAUACAAAGGUAUUUAAUAUAUUCCAUGUAUAUUUUGUAUUUGCAUAUAUUGUAUAUAAAUUUCAAUUUAAUGGGAAAUGAGAGAUUUUUUUUGUUGUACAUUCAUUCAAGUUUUAAAAGUAUCUUAUUCAAAGAAAUUCUUUGAUAACGAUCAUAUUUAAUUCACCCAUGAAUUGCACAUUUAUUUCAAAUAUUUAAUCACUAAUUUAUUUUUCAAUGUUAAGGUAGCAAACCAAUGUAUGAAUAUUGUUUAAAAAAUCUUUAAAUUUGAUAAUUGUUUAAAGGCCAGGAGACGACGGACAAUGUCUUCAGGCGGAGAAGUAUCUCAGCCAGAAACAUCUUCUCCAAAGUCAUCCCAAGUAACAGCUAGCUCUAAAGUCAGUGCCAGCCCUCAGUCUAGUCCUAAUAUUAAUGCUUCACCAGUCUACAAUGAGCCCACAUCAAGCAAGCAGCCUUUAAGUAGUGCCAACAACUCAACUCAGCCAGCUUCUCACUAUGCAUCUCGCUCUUUUAAUAGCAACUCAGAUUCUUCAAGAAAUAAUAGUGCCUCCAAUUAUAGGGCUUCUUUUAAUUCUCAAUACCGCAACUCUCGUCCUCCAAGAUUCCCAACUGAUCAGUAUUCCAAACCAUGGCGGUUCCCUAAUGAUCAUGCAAUGUCAUUUGAGCCAAGCACAAUUACAACUAUAUCUCGAAGGUGUGUUUACUGUACUACAUAAUUUCAACAUACUGUUAAUUCCACGUUUGUUUUUAAUUUUUAAAAAAAAAUUUUUUAGAUAUUGAUAUAAAAUAUUGUUGCACAUGGACUAUAUUCUUUUAUUUUAGUAUUUAAAUUUUUUUUUAGUCUUGGUGCUGAAAUUUGCUCAAAACCCAUCUCUUUGAUUGCAGAGCUGUUUAGCCAUUUUCAAAUCAUUAAACCCGCCAAAUGUUGCUAUAUCAACAUAACUUAAAUUAGUGCUUAUAAAUUUCCUUGAAAAGUUAAGUAAAAUUAAAGGAAUGAGAUACAUCUGGGGGCAUCAUUUUAUGGAUUUUUAUAAAAUUUUCGAUGAAAAUAUUUGAGAAAGUUUCAGGGUCUUAAAAUGUAAAUUUUAGCUUAGGAAUUCUGCAGACAAAAACAGAAAAUAACAUCAGGCAUGGAACAUUAGCUGUGUAUACAAAUUUUACAUUUUAAUAAUUUUAUUUUGUAACAACAGUGAAGAUGGCCUUACAUCUUUAUUAAAACAGUUUUAAAAAUUUUUAAUUUCCCAUAAAUAAAGGGCUGAAUUUUUUAAGGAAAAAAUACAUUAAUACAAUCAGCUAAAUAAUGUUUUCAGCAUUUAUUCAUAUUAUUAAAAGGGAUGUGAAUAUCUUUAUAAAUUCCAAUAGUAAAUAUUUUAAGUCAUGAUAACUACUUAACUAUAUUAUUUAAAUUAAUUUGCUUGCUAUUUACCUAUUAAGUAUAACAUGUGAGAGAAGCUAAAGAUUGAUUUAUGAAAACUGUACUUUUUAUUUAUUCAACAAAAAAAAAAAUGAAUCGUUAAGAUGUAAAUAUAUUUGCAUGUCUAUGAAAAAUCAAUUGACUUAAAAUUUAAUUUUAUGCUCAGGGCUGACACAGAUUUCAAGAACCAUUACCCUAGAUCUCAUCCUGAUGAAGUAACAUCAUACAGACCAGGAACACAGAAUGAUGAGACCCAUACUUCUUCUGACACAGGAAGGUAACUAAAUGGAAAAAGCUUGUGGUUUAAAUAAAAUUAAAUGCAUUACAUUUAUAGAUGGUCUCUCAAUGGUAACUUCAUCAUUACAUUAUUUUAAACUAUUGGAAUAUUUACAGUCAACCACACAUCAUCAGAAAAUCAGCAAUUAUUAAAAUGACCAUUUCUCCUCACUUUCUCCGGGCCUUUAAUCAAUGAUCAAUAAACUCCAGCAGCUUCCCUUUGUUAUAUUAAACUGAUUUUCAUAACAAGAGUUCUAUUCUCUUAUGCUUAUAGUAUCAUAUAACCUGUCUGGAUGGUGGAUUUGGCUAUUCCAGGUUUAAAUGGUUGAACUUUGAACUGAGGAUUCAUGUUUUCAAUUGAGAUUUAAAUAUUUAAAAAUUCAAUGCUGCAGAACUUUGCAAUUUGAAUUACAGGUAAAAGAUUUUUUAAAAUUCGGCAGAUCAUAGAUGUUAUACUUAAAAUCUGAUGACUUUGUUCAUUCUCCCCACAUAGAUCAUCAGGAGAUGAACCUGCUGCCCCAGGCACUACUCCUAUAUCAGCGCCAUCUCAAACAAGUGGAAACAAAGAUGGAUUACUGCCUAAGCCAAUAAUGCAGUGGUCUCAAAUGCCAGUUCCAUUAAAUGAAACUACUACUAAUGCAAUGGUCACCAAUUCCCACACGGCACUUUUGAAUGCGGCCAGGUUUAUAAUUGCUGCUCAAAGUAUGCCACUGUUGACAGUACCGCCACCAGGUCAACGUCCCUUCCCUACUGGUAGGUGGAGCCUUUGUGUCACACUCUUACAUACUUGGCUGUUGUUUUUACAUUGCGUGAUAAUCUUGUUCUUUCUGUGUAAAAAUUCAAUUUAGGCUGCUCACAUUUUUUUGAACUAGCUGCUAAUAUACAUACAAAACGAUAAUAAUAAUUCUACUCAUAAAAAUGAAAUACCGUAAUGAAAAAAAAGCAAAAUAUUCAUACAUAAAUUGUUUUUGAAAAAAAUCAGGAAGCAUUUAAAUUGCAUUGCCUAAAGUAAAAUAUUUAAUUCAAUUAUCAAAUUUUUAUUUUUAAAAAUGUAUCGUCUGUCAGGUUUGCCAGUUUAUCCUAUGAAUCAUCCUGGACCAAGGAUGAACUUGCCCAUUCCAUCAGCUGUCAAUGUGCCCCCUGUACCAUUGUCCAAAGAAGAAUUUUACCAUGCAAAGAAAAUAUUUCAACAAACAGAGGCACCUAAAAAGAAGCCUGUGGAUGUUUUUGACUCAUUUGCUGACUUUACCAAAAGAAGAAGUCGUACACCAGAAAGACGCAGAAGGUAGGUCAAUUUUUAUGGCGCUUGCAAUUUUCUUCUUAUUGUUAGUUGAUAGUAGACAAUUUGUUGAUUGCAAUAUAUUCAAUUGUAUUUAAUCAUCUCUAUUCACAGCUAUUCAAGAUCUCGAUCAGGAUCAUGGAAACGACACAGCAGAUCGCGAAGUCGCUCUAAAAGCAAACGCAGAUCAAGAUCUCUUUCACCAAGACGAUUAAGUUCGCAUUCUCGCUCUCGAUCUGGCAUAAGGUCUUCAGCUAGGUCCCGUUCAAGAUCUGGCCCUCGUUCACAGAAAAGUAGAUCUCGCUCAAGAAGUUUAGGUCCGCCAAGAUUGUCAAGAAAACGAUCUAGAACACUUUCUCCAUCAAAGAAAUCAAUUUCUCGCUCCCGAUCUCGUUCAGGACCUAGAUCUACAAAGCCUCUUUCACCACGAGCUCGCUCACCACUCCCACCUUUACGCAGAUCUUCAAAAUCACCACUCCCACUGCUGUCUCGCUCACGCUCUAGAUCAUAUAAACGUUUUUCUAGAUCUAGGUCUAAAUCAUGGAUUAAACGUGGAAGAUCAAGAUCAUAUUCUAGGCCUAGGUCCCCUAGACCAUUGUCUAGGUCACCUAGACGUUCCCCAUUGCGUUCACCUAUUCGUAAACGCUCAUAUUCACCACGACGGCUGUCAAGAUCAUACAGUCCUCGUAGAAGGUCCCCUUAUCAUUCCAGAUCCAGAAGUCCUCUCUCAAAGAGAAAAGUUUCCAGGUCAAGAACUAGAUCACCACUAUCUAAAAGACCUUUUUCACCAAUACGAUCACCACAUCGCUCCAAAAGCCCAUAUAAAAAGCCUUUAUCUCCUGCACCUUUCAGGCGCAAAUCUCCAUCCCCUUUCAGGGCACGUGGUGGAUACAGAGGCAGAGGAAGGGGUGGUUUUGGCUUUAAUAGGGAUAAGUUCCACAACUAUCAUAGUCCACCAAGGAUACCAGCACCUGUUACAACAGCUGUUCUUUCAGCCAAUAUGCCACCUGUUCCAUAUGAUCCACAAAUGGGAUUACCACCUCCUGAAGAAUAUUUUAAGUACAAUCCUUCAGGCUACCAAGAAUUUGUGCGCAAUUUCUAUGCUCAGUUUGGACCUCAAGCUCAGGCAUGGGCUCAAAAUCAAACUUUCCCCCUUCCUUCUGCAGGUGGGAUGACUACACACAUGGCAGCUGCUAAUCCUUUUAUGCCUAACCAUAGGUUACCAUGGGAAACAGUUCCCAUGUCCCCAUCCCACCGACCUCGAUCCAUAACACCUCCAGGUGGACCUUCAUCUCGGGACAGAAAAGAACAGAACUACAGGGACUCUGCAAGACCUUGGGAGAAACAGGAUCGUGGGGAUAACAGAGACAGAAGAUUAGACAGAGGAAGAGAUGUUGACAGAAAUAGAGAUGCUGAUAGAAAUAGAGAUGCUGAUAGAAAUAGAGAUGCUGAUAGAAAUAGAGAUGCUGAUAGAAAUAGAGAUGCUGAUAGAAAUAGAGAUGCUGAUAGAAAUAGAGAUGCUGAUAGAAAUAGGGAUGCUGAUAGAAAUAAAGAUGCUGAUAGAAAUAAAGACGCUGAUAGAAGUAAAGACGCUGAUAGAAAUGAUUCUGAAAGAAACAGAGAACCUGAAAAAAUAAGAGAAGUAGAUAGAAACAGAGAUUCAGAUAGAUUUAGAGAUCCUGAGAGAAAUAGAGAGAUUGACAGACACAGAAGGGAUCUUGGAGAAAGAAGGGACCUUGGAGACAGGAGGGAUAGAAACAGAGAGGAUGAUAGAAACAAGGCUAGAGAUGCUAAUAGAGACAAUAAAGAUAGAGAAAGAGAUAGUCAUCGAAGCAGAGAUAAAAUUCCUGCUGAAAAGAAGAAGAGUCCAUCUAAGAAAUCAAAAGAAGAUGAGAAGGCAAGAAGCAAGGAGAAGAAAAAGUCUGAAAAGAAGAAAGACGAAAAAGAAAAUAAGAAAGGCAAAAAGCGAUCGGAACCUGAGAACAAAAAAGAAGUUAUUGACCAGAAAGAUAACUCCCUUAGGAAGACAAGUCCAGUUAGUGAUAAAGAACUUUCAUCACCAUCAAGGGAGGAGAAGUCUAUUAUCUCUGCAACAUCACCGGUCAAGAAUGAAUUAAUAACACUUAAUGUCAGUACUAAUCCAGCAACGUCCGAGGAAUCGAAUAAAGUUCCUUUAGCUACAGCGGAGGCCGAGACUGAAAAACUUUUUAACAAAGAGAAGAAAGCUGUUGGCAAGAAAAAGGGAGAUGGUGUUGGAGGGAAGAAAAAAACAAAGGAUGGAGCCGGUGAUGAUGGAACCACAGGUGAAAAGAAAGGGAAGAAGACUAAAAAGAAAAAACUAACAUUUGGGUCAUCUGAUGUAGACACCAAGCAAGGUUUGAAGAAAAAAAAAAUGAAGAGAUUGGUAGAUUAUAAAUCUGAGAACUGCACUUCUGAAGAUGGAGAAGAAAAAGCUUCUCUUGUAGGUAGUCCAUUGAAGAAGGCUAAACUUGCUGAGCUUAAUCAGAAGAUUGAAGCCGGCUCUACCGAUGCAUCUCAUGUAUCUAGUUCUGAACCUACUUUUGAAGUCAGCACAGAGAUAGAGAUUAGUCAGAAACCUGAGAAAGUUUCUGAAGAUGUAAGUGAGGCUGCUGUUUCACAGUCAGAAGGUGAUACCAAACCUGUAACAGAAGUAGUAGAAGGGAAGAGCAAAGAUGAGCUUGUUUCAGAGCUACCAGAACUCUCUAAGUGGGAGAGAGAUGACUUUGAUCUUUUUGAAGCCAUAGACCAGCCUAAGGAAAAGCCUCAAGAAAAAAUGAUGCUGCCAAGGUUUGUCUUUUUUUUUUUCAGUCAUUAUAAAAUUUAAAGCAAAGAAUUUUAAUGGCAGAUAUUUUUCUGACAAAUCCUUCAGUUUAUCUGAAAUUUAAAAGUCUCUCAAAAAAGCUUUAUUCUCUUUCAUAGACUUCAUUAGAUUUUAAAGGUGUUUUUAAUUAGUCUGUCAUAAAUGAAAACAAUAUCACUUUACAUUGAGAUCUGCAAAUGAAAAAAAACUUUAAAUCCUGAAUCUAUUCUAAACUUUCGAUUAACUACUAUCUAUCUUGUAAGCUAUAUUUGUGUUUAACUUCUGAUAUCUUUGUAAACUUUAUUUAUCUUUUCAAAAUCAAUCUGAAUAAAAAAAAAAUGAGAGCAUUGAUUUUGAAAAGAUAAAAUAAAUCUUACAAAGAUAUCAGAAGUUAAACACAAAUAAAGCUCACAAAGAUUAGAUAGAAGUUGUUUAUUUACCUGUACCAAAAUACUUCCUUGUUGAAUGAAAUUAUUUCAAUUUUAUUCUCACAUGCAGAUCUGUUGUUGACAAAGCAGAAAAGUUUCUAACCCACAAGCCUAUGAAGAAUGCCGUUAUGGUUGCUCAUGUCACUACCUCAACCAAAUCUCCAGAAACUAACGCUGCCCCAGACAAACGCAUAAGUGAGUCCACAACAUCAAGGCGUGUUUUUAUUGACAAAAAAGAGGGUAGAGAUAAGAAAUCAGACAUCCAGAUCACUGUAAAAACUGAUAAAAAUAAAAGUGACAAUAGUAGUAAACGUGUCCAGGGAUACAAUAAGACUGAUGAAAGUCGUCAUCGUUAUCACUAUAAUGACUAUGAAGAAGACCAGCGUUCUGUGGUAAAAUCACGAUCUCUUGAGCGUGAGUUACAAGAAAAAUCAAAACGUCACAGAAGUAAGGAAAAAUAUUUAUCAAAAAGAGACGAGAGAAAAGACAGUCGGUCACACAGAGAUGGGGCUGCUGAUAGAAGCAGCAAAUACGAAAGUGUCAAAAAAGACACCAAGUCUGAAUCAACAAGAGAAAAGGCAAAGGAAAAAUCUCCAGAGUCAAAAGAAAGACGACAUAGCAAAGACAAUCCUGUAAGCAAUACUUCAGAGUCAUUAAAGUCUACUAAAGACUUGCGACUCAAAUUAGAAGAGAAAAAUAAGUCCAAAUCCACAAUUGAUCCACGAAAACUGUCAGUAAUGGAUGAGUCUGAGUUUGUUCCAGACUAUGAAGAUUUAGCCAUUGACAAUACCAGUGAUAAAGAACAAGAUGAUGCAACUGCUUCCCAGAACUCAGGAACUUCUUCGCCUGAAUCAUUAAAUGAUGGUAAAAAGAGGAAGCGAAAUGAUGCUGAAACAAAAAGUGAAGAUGGUAAUUCCGAGGCAGACGAAUCCAGUAAACACAAGAAAUCUAAAAAGAAACACAAACACAAAAAUAAAGAAAAAAAAGAAAAACACAAGCACAAAAAGAAGAAACACAAACACAAGAAAAGCAAGGAAGAAAAGGAUGGUAAGCAGCAGUCAAAUAAAGAUGAAUCUUCAUAAUUUACUCUAAGAAAUGUGUUUUGUAUAUGAUUAUGUUGAGAAACAAAGUGUGUCUGGUUGGUGUAACAAUGACUUUCUAUUUUAAUGACGGGUACCUGCUUAUCAUAAAAGUAGAUAAUCUCCAUGAACAAAUCAAGAACCUGG